AGUCGACCAGUGAGCAAACGGGAAACAUGCCUGAUGGCCAAGUCUGACGUCUGAAGUCUGAAGCCCUCCACCUUUCUACGGGAAAAAAAUAUUAUUUUCCUCGGCAAUAUCGCGUUUCUAUUUCAUCCUCGUUCCCUUUCCUAUUUCACUUUCUCAUAACACCCCCCCCCCCCCCCCCCCUCUCCCCGACUAGCCCUGUGAAACCCUAAGAUUCCCGUCAUGGUAGACGUUCAUCAGGCUCUCGGUGGUGGUUCAGUUGCUGAUUUCCUGCUGUGGAAGAAAUGGUAUGGAGGAAUUGUGACGCUAAUCUCUGCCACGACCUUCUGGUGCCUCUUUGAAGUAGCCGGCUAUAACCUUCUAUCAUUUGUGGCAAAUGUUCUAUUGCUUCUUGUUGUCAUUCUCUUUUUUUGGGGAAAAUCUGCUUCACUACUCAAUAGGCCUCUGCCUCCCCUUCCUGAUAUGGAAAUCUCUGAGGAGUCUGUUGUGAAGGCUUCUGAUGCAAUCCUAGUGUGGAUAAAUCCUGCAUUGUCAAUUGCACAUGACAUUGCGAUCGGGCGGAAUAUAAAACUUUUUCUUAAGGUUGCUAUUAGCUUGUGGAUAAUUUCUUUCAUUGGUAGCCUCGUCAGCUUCCUCACUCUUAUCUAUAUUGGGGUUAUUCUUAGUCUUUCAGUUCCUUACGUGUAUGACAAGUACCAGGACAAGAUUGAUGCAAAGCUGUUCAUAAUGCACGAAAUCUCUCAGAAGCAGUAUAGGAAAAUUGAUGAUAACCUUCUGAAAAAGAUUCCAGUUUUAAACAAGGAAAAGAAGAUAGAAUAGGUAAACAGGGUAUUGAGUUGUUCGGCAAAGUUUGAUUAGGAACUUACAAAUUGGUUUUGCUGGGAUGCUGUCAGUUCUAGGAACUGCCACUCAGCAUAUUCAGGAUUUUUGUUAAAACGCCCAGUAAUCGUUAGAAUAGCUCAGGAGCAGGCCUGGCAGCUAAUAGCUUUGGGUGUAUUUCAAUUGUUUAUAAUUUUGUUUUGAGUUUUUGGCUUCCUCUGGGGACAUACAUAAUUGAUAGCUUUUGGACUACAGUUAUUUGCCUUGUUGUUUAUACCUUUGUGUUGAUCUACUCUCGAUGAAAUAUUGCUCCAUGGUGAGGGGAAAGCUGCCGCUUGUUUAUGAAAGCUGGAAUUUUUAAUUCCCCGGUA